CUCUCUCCAGUACAGCAGGUGGCAGUGUGCAGCUUUACUCUGCUCUGACUCAACACACAGCCAGAGGAAGAGGAUAAAGUGUCCAAACACAGAGAAAAACUCCUGCUGAAGCGACUGAUCUCCACACUGUUAUAAAGAUGGCGUUUAUUAAAGAGGAGAGUGAAGAUGUGAAGAUUGAAGAAACAUUCACAGUCAAACAGGAAGAUCUGCAGGAACAAACAGACCUAAUUGAAGAGAAUGAGGGGAGUAAAGAGAAGAAACAUCAUGUCAAAAUUGAGGAAAAAACUCAUUUACAGACUGAUGGUAUUUUAAAAAGGAGAGAUGAGAAUCGUUUCACUUGCACCCAGUGUGGAAAAAGUUUUGGAAGAAAAGGCUAUCUUAAGAUUCACAUGAUGAUCCACACUGGAGAGAGACCAUUCACAUGCACUCAGUGUGGGAAGAGUUUCAGCUACUCAUCAGACCUUAAUCAACACAUGAAGACCCACACUGGAGAGAAACCAUUUACAUGCACUCAGUGUGGGAAGAGUUUCAGACGCUCAUCACACCUAAAUGAACACACAAUGAUCCACACUGGAGAGAAACCAUUCACAUGCACUCAGUGUGGGAAAAGUUUCAUCUGCUCAUCAUCCCUUAAUAAACACAUGGUGAGCCACACAGGAGAGAAACCAUACACUUGCACUCAGUGUGGGAAGAGUUUCAGCCAAUCAUCAUCUCUUAAUCAACACAUGAAGAUCCACACUGGAGAGAAACCAUUCACAUGCACUCAGUGUGGGAAGAGUUUCAGCCACUCAUCAUCUCUUAAUAAACACAUGAAGACCCACACUGGAGAGAAACCAUUUACAUGCACUCAGUGUGGGAAAAGUUUCAGCCAAUCUUCAUCUCUUAAUCAACACAUAAUGAUCCACACCGGAGAGAAACCAUUCACAUGCACUCAGUGUGGGAAGAGUUUCAUCCGCUCAUCAUCCCUUAAUCUACACAUGAGGAUUCACACUGGAGAGAAACCAUUCACAUGCACUCAGUGUGGGAAGAGUUUCAGCAACUCAUCAGACCUUAAUAAACACAUGAAGACCCACACUGGAGAGAAACCAUUUACAUGCACUCUGUGUGGGAAGAGUUUCAGACGCUCAUCACACCUAAAUGAACACACAAUGAUCCACACCGGAGAGAAACCAUUCACAUGCACUCAGUGUGGGAAAAGUUUCAUCUGCUCAUCAUCCCUUAAUAAACACAUGGUGAGCCACACAAGAGAGAAACCAUUCACUUGCACUCAAUGUUGGAAGAGUUUCAGCCAAUUAUCAUCUCUUAAUAAACACAUGAGGAUCCACACUGGAGAGAAACCAUUCACAUGCACUCAGUGUGGGAAGAGUUUCAGCCAAUCUUCACACCUUAAUAAACACAUGAUGAGCCACACCAUUCAGAGAUUUACUUGCACUUAAGCCGCGGCCACACUAGACUUUUCUUCCCAUAGACAUCCAUUCAUACGCACGCGAAUGUGUCAGACCGGAAAUGCAAGUUUGUGCGUUAAGUUUCGCAGUUCACUGCAUUGCAAAGUUCAAGCUUGGUGAACUCUGACCUGCGAAAUCACUUUACUUGACUGUGUGAGACUAAUCUGUGAGACUAAGAUCAAAACAUGACCCCUUUGGACAGAAAUUUAAAAUAUGGACCAAUCGCUCACUUUUUUCUAAUCAUCUUGUUUAAUCCUGCCCUUUUUCGCAGCACCGUUCAACAGAAUGUCGCCUGCUCAAACUCUAGUAUGACUGCAGCUUCGGUGUGGGAUGAGUUUCAGCAACUCCUCAGACCUUAAUAAACACAUGAAGACCCACACUGGAGAGAAACCAUUCACAUGCACUCAGUGUGGGAAAAGUUUCAACCGAUCAGCAAGCCUUAAUGAACACAUGAAGAUCCACGCUGGUGUGAAAGAGUAUAUGUGCUUUGAGUGUGAGAAGACUUUUAUUACAGCUCCAAAAUUGAAACUGCACCAGACGAUUCACACUGAAGAGACAGUACAAGUGUUCACACUGUGACAGGAGGUUUAAUCAGUUAACACAUCUGAAAACACAAAAGAGGAUUCACACUGGAGAGAAACUGUACAGAUCUGAUCAGUGUCUACAGAGUUUUGCUCAUUCGGCGCAGUUUAAUUAACACAUGAACAAAAAAAGUUGCACACGACAUGAAUGCAGCAAAACAUUUUCUCAUGUGCACAGGAUGUUUCAUGUCUGAAUAAUGUUUGAAAAGGCUGAGUGACUGUAUACUGUUUUCCAACACUCCUACAACUGCAGUAGGUGGGGUUGUAAAUGUGUUGUGCUCCUCACGUUUACUGUAAACACAAUGAUGGCGACUGAGAGAAGAACAGUUUUAUAAACAUCUGGCAAACAGCACCUCUGCGGCUUAAAAUCUCUUUGCAAGUGAUUGUACAGGUGCGGAUACAUCUGUACUCCACUCUCCAGUGGAUUCAUGUAGCUAGUGUUGUUUUGGGUGAUGUUCUCUGUCUGACUCCCUGAAUGAGAAACAAAUCACUGGGAAGACGCCGCACAUCAAAGAAGGUGGAGCUCCAGGGCGGUUAGUUUACAGUAUACUCAAGUUUAGAAAGCCCAUUCAAUUGUCCUGUGUUGCAUCUUUUAUUAGUAAAGUUUCUUUACUUUUAAGUUCAAGAUUCUUUCUAGUUUACUACCUUUAUUUUUUUUGAGUAGAAUACAAACUUGAUGAAUAUUUUAUGAUUUAGGCUGAGCAACAGGUAUGAAGUUUUACAAUAUUAAUACAAUGUGAUGAUCCCAAGACUCCAGCUUGGAGUCUGUGGUAAAUCCUGAUUGGAUGCCUGCAUUACUCAUCAAUGGGUCUAUAAAAGUUGUGCUAGCUACCCCAGGACACUGUGGCUACUCAGGAGUCCUCAUGUCAAGACCUGCCAUCUCAUUGACUCUUUAACCUUAUGGUUUUGUUUUGCAUUACUUUUAUCAUGUAGUUAAAGUGUUGUUUUGAUUAUAUCCUAAGUUCUUUAUCUUUAUUAUUAUUCCAAGACAUUUGUUGGUUGCUUUGAUUGAUUGUUCUAUGAGUUACAUUUUAUAAUAAAUAGC